GCUUGGGGGAGGCCGCAGAGGCGGCGGCAGCAGCCGAGGAGGGGCAGGCGGAGGUCGGGGGCACCGCGGCGGCGGUGGGGUCAGGCUGCCCCGCGGGAGGCGCGGGUGGUGGCCACGGGGGCUGGCGGCGGCAGCCCCAGUGCUGCCCCUGUGUGGCGCCCCUUCCCCGCCUCGCCGCGCACUGUUGUCAUGGAGAAACCAAGAUGGCGGCUCUGGCCUACAACCUGGGCAAGCGAGAGAUCAACCACUACUUCAGCGUGAAGAGCGCCAAGGUGCUGGCGCUGGUGGCCGUGCUGCUGCUCGUCGCCGGCCACCUCGCCUCCCGCCGCUACCGAGGUAAUGAUUCCUGCGAAUAUCUUCUCUCAAGUGGCAGAUUUCUUGGAGAGAAAGUUUGGCAACCUCACAGUUGUAUGAUGCAUAAAUACAAAAUCAGUGAAGCAAAGAGCUGCCUCAUAGAUAAACAUAUUGCAUUUAUUGGAGAUUCCAGAAUUCGUCAGUUGUUCUAUUCAUUUGUAAAAAUAAUUAAUCCACAAUUCAAAGAAGAAGGAAAUAAGCAUGAAAACAUUCCUUUUGAAGAUAAGAUUGCAUCAGUUAAAGUGGAUUUUCUCUGGCACCCAGAAGUUAAUGGUUCUAUGAAACAGUGUAUCAAAGUGUGGACUGAGGACUCUGUUGCAAAGCCCCAUGUAAUUGUAGCAGGAGCUGCCACAUGGUCCAUCAAGAUUCACAAUGGUAGCAGUGAAGCACUUUCCCAAUACAAAAUGAACAUUACUUCCAUAGCCCCACUUCUGGAAAAAUUGGCAAAAACUAGUGAUGUUUAUUGGGUCUUACAAGAUCCUGUUUAUGAAGAUCUAUUAAGUGAAAACAGGAAAAUGAUCACUAAUGAGAAGAUAGAUGCCUACAAUGAAGCUGCAGUCAGUAUUUUGAAUAGUAGCACCAGAAAUUCUAAAUCAAAUGUUAAGAUGUUCAGUGUUUCCAAAUUAAUUGCUCAAGAAACCAUCAUGGAAUCUUUGGAUGGCUUACAUCUUCCUGAGUCAAGCAGACAAACCAGUGCUAUGAUUCUUAUGAACGUGUACUGCAAUAAGAUUUUGAAGCCUGUAGAUGGUUCCUGUUGUCAACCUCGGCCUCCUCUUACCCUCAUACAGAAACUAGCUGCUUGCUUUUUCACCUCAUCUAUUAUUGGAUAUUUAAUUUUUUAUAUAAUUCAUCGUAAUAUUCAUCGGAAGAAUAAGCCAAGUACUGAUUUGGAAAGUGGAGAAGAAAAGAAAAAUAUUAUCAAUAUCUCUGUGUCUCCAUUAGAAAUACUUUUACAGUCUUUCUGCAAACUUGGCCUGAUUAUGGCUUAUUUCUAUAUGUGUGACCGUGCAAAUCUAUUUAUGAAGGAAAACAAAUUUUAUACACAUUCAUCUUUCUUUAUUCCAAUUAUCUACAUUUUGGUUUUGGGAGUGUUUUACAAUGAAAAUACUAAAGAGACCAAAGUGUUAAAUAGAGAACAAACAGAUGAAUGGAAAGGCUGGAUGCAACUUGUGAUUUUGAUUUAUCAUAUCUCUGGAGCAAGUACAUUUUUGCCUGUAUACAUGCACAUUCGAGUUCUGGUUGCUGCAUAUCUAUUUCAGACAGGUUAUGGGCAUUUCUCAUACUUUUGGAUCAAAGGAGACUUUGGAAUCCAUAGAGUAUGUCAGGUCUUAUUUCGUCUCAAUUUCCUGGUAGUAGUGUUAUGUAUAGUAAUGGAUCGGCCUUACCAGUUCUAUUACUUUGUCCCCUUGGUCACUGUGUGGUUCAUGGUCAUAUACGUUACUUUAGCACUAUGGCCACAGAUAAUCCAAAAGAAGGCAAAUGGAAAUUGUUUCUGGCAUUUUGGCUUACUGUUGAAACUAGCCUUCUUGCUGUUUUGUAUAUGUUUUUUGGCAUAUUCUCAGGGUGCAUUUGAGAAGAUCUUUUCUCUUUGGCCAGUGUCCAAGUGUUUUGAACUGAAAGGGAAUGUGUAUGAAUGGUGGUUCCGAUGGAGGUUAGACCGUUACGUAGUCUUUCAUGGAAUGUUGUUUGCUUUCAUUUAUCUGGCUUUACAGAAGCGCCAAGUACUUUCUGAAGGAAAGGGUGAACCUCUUUUUUCAAACAAAGUUUCAAAUUUUCUAUUGUUUAUUUCAGUAGUUUCUUUCUUGACCUACUCCAUCUGGGCUAGCAACUGUAAAAACAAAGCCGCGUGCAAUGAGCUCCAUCCAUCUGUUUCUGUGGUGCAGAUUUUAGCCUUCAUCCUAAUCAGGAACAUCCCUGGAUAUGCCCGUUCAGUGUACAGUUCAUUUUUUGCUUGGUUUGGAAAAAUUUCAUUAGAGCUAUUUAUUUGCCAAUAUCACAUAUGGCUGGCCGCAGACACAAGGGGCAUCUUGGUACUCAUACCUGGAAGCCCUAUGCUCAACAUCAUUGUCAGCACUUUUAUAUUCGUUUGUGUGGCACAUGAAAUUUCUCAGAUCACUAAUGAUCUUGCACAGAUUAUUAUUCCUAAAGAUAACUCAUCUCUGUUGAAAAGGUUGGCAUGUAUAGCUGCAUUUUUCUGUGGACUCCUCAUCUUAUCAUCCAUUCAAGAUAAAUCAAGACAUUAGCUUCUUAGAAUCCUAAAAAACUUAAACUCUUCAGGCUUACUUUGUGUCUGCCUAGAGGAGAAAAGCAUUUAUCUGGAGAUAAUAAUGUAUAUGUAAAUAUAAACUUGUGUGGCAGAGGACAACUCGUUGACGUCUCUUGAACACGUGUGCUUGUGUAUAUUGGAAAUGUAUAUAUUCCAUGUGAAAUACUAAAAAAAAAAAAAUUGGUAAAUCAGAAUGCAUUGUAUAGGAUUGCAUGUGAAAAGUCUUUUCUACUGGAUCUAUGUUUCCAUUUAUAAAUGAUUUUAAGUUACCAUAUGAAGGCAGGGAAGUGAUUACCUUUCCAAUUUAAAAAAAAAAAAGAUGUAUAGAUGACUUAAAUAGCUUGGUGUUACCACUGAGUGUUUGGUAUUUACUCAAUGUCUGGUAAUGAGACUGUCUGCACCUACAUUCAUCAUGGAACUUCCUACUUCAUUGAAAACUUUCUUGCUCAAGAAUGAACUCAGUAUUGUUUCCUUAUAUGUGCAAUGAUGAUGAUUAUGCCUUUAAUUUAUAUGUAUUCAUGUUCUGAUGUUAUAUUAAGUUCCUGAAAUGAUUGUUCCUUUUAACUGUGGUUUUCAGGUAUAAAACCCUAAAUCUUUGUACACUUUUUCUCAUAGUUACUCUAGGCUCCAUGACAGGGUUUUGUCGUCGUCGAUGUUGUCUUGCUUGUUUUUAUGAAAGGGCCAGAUUUUCUUUCCAAUCCAAAUACUCAUCCAUUUCCUUUCCUUCAGCUAUAUCAGACACCAGUUGCCCUGUGGAUCCAUUUGAUAACUUUUCCCCUACUAAUUAUUUUUUGUGUAUUAUUUCCAAUGUUUGGAAAUAUCUUUCUAGGCAUUUUGGUAUUUCCUGUUACCCUGUCUUAUUUUUCUCUUUAACGUCUAUGUCUAUCAGUCUAAACAUAAACAGUGUAGUAAAGAUCCAAGUUGUUAUGAUGGAACUGUAUGACCAUAGUAGAAUUGUGAGUAAACUGGUGACUUUGGACAAGUGUUUGUGUUUGUUUUGUUUUACAAGCUGUUAGAGGUAUAAAUUUAUUUAUCUGUUGUACAGAUUUGAUUAUCAUUUUUAAUGUUUGAAAGAUUGCACUUGUUUGUUUUUACUAUGUGUGGGGUAAAAUAUAUUUUCUGUUCACAUUAUAUGAAAAUAUGGAGUAAUUUAAAUCGUAAAUAAAUGUUCUGUGGAUGCUUAUUUUUGUAAUAAAACUAUCAAUUAAACUACAUGUGUUCAUUUU